AUGUUACCAUUUUAUCAUUUCUUCUUUAUUUUCCCUGAGAUCUAUCACCCUAAUCUCUUUUUGAAUAUUUUUUUUACUUUUUAUCUCUCUAUCUCUUUCUGUCUUUUUCUUUCUUUCUUUCUUUCUUUCUUUCUUUCUUUCUUUCUUUCUUUAAGAAUUCUCAGCAUACGUUUCUUUUUUAAGGACCUUUCUGAUUGCUUUUCUCUCAAUCUAUGUCUAUCUAUAACCGAAAUCGACGUAAGAAUUUACAUAUUUACCUAUUUAAUUUCAAUUUUAUGUUAUUUUGAUUCGAUCUAUCUAUCUAUUCAUAACUAUCUAUUCAUAUCUAUCUAUCUAUCUAUCUAUCUAUUCAUAACUAUCUACUCAUAUCUAUCUAUCUAUCUAUCUAUCUAUCUAUCUAUCUAUCUAUCUAUUCAUAACUAUCUAUUCAUAUCUAUCUAUCUAUCUAUCUAUCUAUCUAUCUAUCUAUCUACUCAUAUCUAUCUAUCUAUCUAUCUAUCUAUCUAUCUAUCUAUCUAUCUAUCUAAUCUUAUCUUGGCAUUCGCGCUUAUAUAUCUAUCAUCGAUGCGAUUUGAAAUUGCAAUAAACUAUGGGAACAACAAAAUGGCCCUUAAAGUUCACUUAUCAACACUGCAAGAACGAUUAGCUUUCGUUCAAUGCGGCUCUUUCAGCUUGCCCGUAUGUCUUACAGUUUUUCCUGUUUGCCGGAGUCAGGCAGGCAGGCGACGAAGUUUACCCCCGCCUCUCUCUCUCUCUCUCUCUCUCUCUCUCUCUAUCUAUCUAUCUAUCUAUCUAUCUAUGUGA